ACAACACCCAUCACAACUGUGGAACUACCUGGCAGUCGCAGCACAGUGGAAAUCACCAGCUCACAAGUGCAAGAACCUGGACUUCUACCGGCCGAAGCCUAAAGUCCUGUGA